AAAAUAUCAUUUAACAUUAUUUAAUUAAAAUGUAUGAGAAGGGUGUAACUGGAAAUUAAAGAGGUGUAACUAGCAGAAAUCAAUUUAGGAAGGAAAACAAAACUGGUUGCGCGGGCUAGCGCGAGGGAUCAUUGUAUGUACAUCAUUAUUACGUCGUCGUUUUAUACGACGUCGUUUGUGUUUGAACUUUUAUUUUACCUUUUGUUUCCGAAUCGGAGAAGAAUCAGUGAAGAACAGAGAUAUGGCAGACGAUUUGUUCGAAGGAUUACCUCCUCCUUCUUCCGCCGCUCUCAACCACCAACCACCACCGCAACCAAUUCUUCCCGAUUCCUCUUCACUUCCUUCCGCACCAAAACCAAUCCUCAAAAGUUCCCUCAAACGACCCAACUCUACUCCAUCCGAUAACACACAAGUUGCAGCGCCUAAAAAGAGUUUGAAAUUUAAAACCUCGACGGAUGCUUCCGAAGCACAAGUUAUUGAUGCUAUGCAGAAGAUAUCGUCGCAUAUUAACAAUCCUGCGAAAUUCAGCAAGGCUGCUAAGCUUGCUAUUCAGUUGAUUGAGGCUGGAAGUGUUAAGUCUGGUGUUAGUGAUUAUUUUUUCGCUAUAUUAGAAGCUGCAAUGUCGUCGCCUGUAUCUAGUACAGAUGCUUCCGUACGGGCAGAUUAUCAUGCGUUGUUCUCAGCAGCACAAAAUGCAAAAGAACACCUUAAUAAGAAGCAGAAGAAUCAACUGGCAACGUGGACAAUAAGUGCUGUGGUCGCAAAUGAUUUAUUUACAGAUGAUAGCUUUGUGUUCUCAAAAGCAGCUGGGCAAAUCAAGGAAGCUAUAUCCAACCUUCCUGUUGCAACAGAGGAGGAUGACACGGAAGAAGCAAUUUCUCUUAAAGAUAGCACAGUUAUGGUAGAUGAAGGUGGUCAAACCCUUCCCCCAAAUGAGGAUAAUAAUGGUGCGGAGGAAGCUGACCCAUUUGGACUUGAUUCUCUGCUAUCCACAAAGAAAGGGGAAAAGUUUAAGGCAAAAAAUGACUCUGCUAUGAAGUUAAGGAAGGAAGACGAGGAAGAAACUAAGCGAUUCCUUCAGUUACAAAGAAAAGCCCUGAUAACUUGUCUAGAGAUUGCUGCUCGGCGGUAUAAAACACCUUGGUGCCAAACUGUAAUUGAUAUUUUAGUGAAGCACGCCUUUGAUAAUGUGGCAAGAUUUACAGCUCAUCAAAGGGAUGCUGUAGGUAAAUUGUGGGCAUCCAUACUGGAACAGCAAACUCGUAGGAAGCAAGGAAAGUCGGUUAAUGGAAAGCUUGAUGUGAAUGCUUUUGAAUGGCUUCAACAAAAAUAUUCUACCGAGAAGAUUAGCAUUCGACAUUCUGUUGGAGGUAGUGGAGAUCGUCGUGCCACACAAUGGCUUGGUUAAGUUUUCUUGUGCCAUUUUAUGUAAGAAAUAGAGAGGAUGAUGGCUACUUCAAUGUGGUCAAGAUGAGGAGAGUGAGCGUUCUUGUCACACUUCAUUGCUAGUGUUGUAACUUAUAAUAGGUCUUAGACAUCUCUCUUGAUUGAGUUUCCUCAAAAUCAUUGGUAGAAACUUUAUAAAAUGGGGUUUUCCCCUGUUUGCAAAUUUAUGUUGUAAGGUUGUCCUCAAGUUGAUUAAAACUGACCUUUAGAUGUCUGUUGCAAAAAGACUUGAACUUUAUUCUGACAAUCAAUUUAGAAUUUCAAUUUCAAAA